AAUAAAAGGGGAAGGAGAGAAACAGAGCAAAAACUUCAUCCGUUUUAUUAUUGACCUAUAACAAUCUUGAGAAUGGCCACCACUAAGACAACACUUGUGCUUGCUGUUCUUUGUCUUUUCCUAUUGUCCGAGAUUGGAAUGUUCAUGGUUGAUGCCCAAGUCCAAAGGCCAGAUUGCCAGUCAAAGUGUGCAUCGAGGUGCAGCAAGUCAUGGAAGCCGAAGAUGUGCCUAAAAACAUGCACUGCAUGCUGCAACACGUGCCAGGGAUGUGUGCCUGUGGGCCCUACUGCUAAUAAGGAAGUGUGCCCUUGCUAUGCCAAGUACAAGAAGGGCAGGUGCCCUUAGAACACACUUCCCUUCUAUUUCUUUCAUGGAAGUCUAUAUAAUCAUCACUUGUACAAACAAGUUGUAAUUUACUCUAUCUAUCUUCCUUCUUCCCAAAAAAAAAUGCAAGUUUAAGCUUGCUUAUUUA